GCGCAUGGCCGCGAUACUGUCGCAGAAGGCUGCCCCGCUGCUGCUCCCCUGCCAUCCACCGCGUCCUCCAGCUCCGGCGUCCCUCCGGCGCCUCCGCCGCCGCCCUCCACCACCGCCGUCGCUAAUCACCCCCAACCCACAACCCUAGAUCCACCGCCGGCGGCGUCCCCGCCGCUGCCUUGGCAACCCGCCUCCACUGCCGCCUCGCCGCGCCGCCCUCGCAACCCACCUCCACCGUCGCCUCGCCGUGCCGCCCUCGCAACCCUGCCCCCCUCCCACCUUCUCAGGUCGCCGGUGGCCACAGCCGUCCCCGGCAAACCCCGUUCCUCGAAGUCCUGCCGACACAGCUCGAGGAAGAAGAUGAACAGGACCUUGUGCGACGCGCUCGAUUCCACUCGCGCGCGCGAUAAAUAGACUUCCCCAUGUCAUUAGGCUCGCCAUGGCUAUAGUUCCGAGGUUUAGGGUUUAGGCUCGAACUCGAACCCCUCUCCCCGGGCCUCCCUCAUGGCCUCUGCGUCUCGAGUGAGGGUCGGCACUCUGGUUCCCCUUGCCAAGGACAAUGCUGGCUCAUCUAAUGGAUCCGUAUCAGCCAUCCCCAUCUUCGAGGGUUCCAAUGUCGUCGGGAGGAAUCAUUUGGUCAUCACCGACAAGAGGAUCAGCCGCAAGCAUCUGAGCCUCCAUGCCUCUGCAGAUGGCUCCAUUGAAGUCGUAGUAGAAGGGCCAAAUCCUAUUAUUGUCCGAUCAGAGGGGCAGAGGAGGAAGGUUUCUGCCCAGGAAACAGCCAAGAUUACACACAACGAUGUCCUGGAACUGAUUCCGGGUGAUUAUUUUGUGAAGUACAUGGAUAUGGCUGAUGACCCAAUUGGUUCAAACGGCCUAAAGAAGGGAAAGAGGCACAGUGAGGAAGAUAGUGCAGCUGUCAAAAGGAAUCGGCAGAUUAUGGAAGAUGAAGCUUUGGCAAGAACACUACAGGAGAGUUUUGCAGAAGAGAGCACAAAUGUUUCUGACAUGGCUUCUGGUCAAACAUCAAGUCUGCUUGACAGUUCUGGGUCUUCCAAGAGAAGUAACAAGAGAAUGCACUCCGUCGGUCCUUCAAAUGAUGUGCCCUCUUUGACUUUUCGCCUUAUGCGUGUCCAGGGUCUUCCAUCAUGGGCUAACAGUUCGUCAGUUACCGUUCAGGAUGUCAUACAGGGUGAAGUGCUUCUUGCAGUUCUCUCAGAUUAUAUGGUGGACAUUGAUUGGUUGCUUACUGCUUGUCCAAGUUUGAGGAAAGUUCCUCACGUCCUAGUUAUACAUGGAGAAGACGGUGCUUCAUUGGAGCUUUUGAAGAAAAUGAAGCCUGCAAAUUGGAUCCUCCACAAACCUCCACUCCCGAUUUCAUUUGGAACACAUCAUUCCAAGGCCAUGCUGCUUGUAUAUCCUCAAGGGAUUCGUGUUGUUGUGCACACAGCAAACAUGAUACAUGUUGACUGGAAUAACAAAAGUCAAGGUCUAUGGAUGCAAGACUUUCCCUGCAAAGAUGCAAAGGAUAUCAAUAAAAAAGUUCCAUUUGAAAAUGAUCUGGUUGAUUAUCUCAGUGCACUUAAGUGGCCUGAGUUCAGGGCGAAUCUCCCAGUGGUUGGCGAUGUCAAUAUCAAUGCAUCAUUCUUUAGGAGAUUUGAUUAUAGUAGCGCAAUGGUCAGGUUGAUUGGAUCAGUUCCUGGUUAUCAUGCGGGCCCCAGUAUUAAGAAGUGGGGCCAUAUGAAGCUUAGGAGUGUCCUUGAAGAAUGCACGUUUGAAAAACAGUUUUGUAAGUCCCCUCUGAUUUAUCAGUUUUCUUCCUUGGGAUCACUUGACGAGAAAUGGAUGAGUGAAUUUACAUACUCAUUGUCAGCUGGUAAAUCAGAUGAUGGAUCACCACUGGGUAUCGGGAAGCCAAUGAUUGUCUGGCCUACAGUCGAGGAUGUUAGGUGCUCAAUAGAGGGUUAUGCGGCUGGUAGUUGCAUUCCAAGCCCUCAAAAGAAUGUCGAGAAGGAUUUCUUGAGAAAAUAUUGGACCAGGUGGAAAGCAGACCAUGUGGGUCGUUGUCGUGCUAUGCCUCAUAUAAAAACUUUUACUCGCUACGAUGGUCAAAAUAUUGCAUGGUUUCUGCUUACCUCAUCAAAUUUAAGCAAAGCUGCUUGGGGUGCACUGCAGAAGAACAACACACAGCUAAUGAUACGCUCGUAUGAGUUAGGUGUGUUGUUCUUGCCCCAAACCCUCAAGUCCAUACCACAAUUUUCGUGCACGGAGAAGAACCGCCCAAGCCAGGAUGGCCUCACCCUUGGCAAGACGAUCAAGACCAAGCUGGUCACGCUUUGCUGGAAAGGCGACGAGGAAACGGAACCAUCUACGAAAACGGUCAGAUUGCCUGUGCCAUAUCAACUCCCUCCACAACCUUACGGCCCAGAAGAUGUCCCUUGGUCAUGGGAUCGGAGGUACACAAAGAAGGAUGUGUAUGGUUCAGUCUGGCCUCGUCAUGGCUAGCUACUGUCUGUGCGAGGUAGUGACGGUUCCCAAACCCUGUUCCAUGGUUAACGUCGGUAUAGCGGUGUAGCCAGUGAUUCACUGGCCCCUGGAUUAUUGGUCAAAUAUGAGUCGAACCGUUCUUGUUUAGAGCCGGCUCGAUUCCUCGCUUCUCAUCUAUUAUCUUAAUACAA